GGGUGGAAUUUUUUAAUAACAAUGACUGAUAUUUUGAAUGAGAUACUUGACGAAAAUCUGCCUAAAUUAGCCGAUAUUUACAAAAAACAUGUAAACUGGGCACCUCACGUUUUAAGCCUGGUUCACACAGGCAUAAGGUGGAGAAAAUCCCAAAAAUAUCGUCAUUGCAUCAAAUUUUUAUCAGUAGGUGACAGUUGGGAGAAAGAUGGCACUGUUGUCGUUCUUAUGGAGUUCGGUUGUUAUGAUAUAUUUGUCUUCACUUUGGAUGAAGAAUGUACAAACUUGCGCCAAGGAUUGAUCCAAACAAAUUUACUAAAUUUUUCAACAACUAAUGGUUCAUUUUUUUGCGUACACGAAAAGCACGUUUGCACAUUAUUGCAAAUUGCCGAAGACAAAAACAUAAAAUUGUCAUAUGCAAUUGCUCCAUAUAUUAUGUUGGCUUUGCCUCCAGAAAAAGAAAUUUCGAUUAAUUACCCUUCUGGUGUUUAUGUUAAGAAAAUAGAUGCGAGUCUUGCUAAUCAAAUUAACUCUUUUUGGUUAUACAGUUCUCCAGGGUCGGAUUUAAAAUAUUUAUAUUCUUUACUCGAAAUGAAUGGAGGUUUUGGAGUAUUUUUGGAAGGUACAAACGAAAUAGUUGCGUGGAUUUUGAAACAUUGUUUGGGUCAUAUUGGUAUGCUUCAUACUAAAGAAGAGUACAGAAAAAACGGCUAUGCCAUCUUAAUUACUAAAUUUUUAGCCGAGGAAAUUAGGAAAGACGGAAGUUGUCCUUUUGCUACAAUUUAUUCUGAUAACGUGGCAUCAAUCCGCAUGUUUGAAAAAAUUGGUUUUCAGACAAUUGGAACUUGUGCAUAUUUGAAUUUUAAAAAUAAAUAAUUUUAUUGUU